CGGCAGCUAUAGAAGUUAAUACAUCGAGUAGAUUAAAUGAAUUAACUGAAAUUGAAGAGGAUGGUUAUUUUACAGAUGAGCUUGAGCUUUCUGUAUUGAUUAAUCAACAUCGUAAAUAUGAAGCCUAUAUGAAUCAAAGAAUAGAAAGAAAAAUUGCAUCUAGUUCCAAUAAUAGGCUUAAUAUUAGCCUUGUUUCAUUUCUCUCGUCAGAUGUAUGUGCCCGCUCAG